AUGCAGCAGUGUCAUGCCCAAUCCACAUUCAAACAAAUAGCCGACAACCUCAAGAGAUGCGCGGUCCUCAAGGAACUCGAAUCAUGGUACGCCCUUUUCCUCAAGAACAACACCGCCCAAGACUCCUUCUUGAUGAACCAGUACAUCACCGCCUGCUCCGCCUUCCGCGCCCUCGACUCCGCCGUCUUCGCCUUCUCUCGGAUGUCCCAACCCAACGCCUUCGCCUACAACGCCAUCAUCGGCGCCUCCCUCACCUGCUCCCGCCCGCUCGACGCCCUCCGCCACUACAGGGUCAUGCUCAGACAAGGUGUGCCCCCGAGCAGCUACACCUUCCCCGCCGUCGUCAAGAGCUGUCGGGUCUCUUCCGCCUUUGGGCUCGGCCGGUGCGUCCACAGUCAGGCUUUGAAGAACGGGCUGGGCCUACGGAUCCACAUCCAGACCACCUUCAUCGACUUGUACUCAGCCUCCGGCAGUAUUACCGAUGCGCGGAAGGUGUUCGACGAAAUGUCCGAAAGAGAUGGCUUCGUGUGGUCGGCUAUGAUUUCUGCACACGUCUGUGCAGGCGACCUUCGAUCCGCGAGGAGACUGCUUGAAGUCAUUCCCGAGUCUCCCGGCACUGCUGCUGCUGCUUGGAACGUCGUGCUUCAUGGGUAUGCAUUGGCCGGGGACGUGGGGCCCACAGAGGCCGUGUUCAAAGAGAUGCCCGAGAAAGAUGUGAUAUCCUGGACUACCAUGAUCGACUGCUACAGCAAAUGCGGGCUUCACGAACGGGCCCUCAGGCUCUUUGACGAGAUGAGGAGUGGUGCCGGGAUAAGGCCAGACGAGUCGACCAUGGCAACCGUCAUAUCCGCCUGUGCUCAUCUUGGGGCUUUGCAGAGAGGGAUGGAGAUGCAUUUAUAUGCCGCGCGUGAAUAUUUGAAUCUCGACGUGUAUGUUGGGUCGGCAUUGAUCGACAUGUACUCCAAGUGCGGGAUGUUGGAGAGGGCGCUCGUCGUUUUUUUCAAAUUACGGGAAAAGAAUCUCUUCUGCUGGAGCUCGAUUAUCGACGGCCUCGCGCUGCACGGGCGUGCACGUGAGGCGCUGUCGAUGUUUGAAAAGAUAGAGAGGGAUAAAAUUGAGCUGAAUGGUGUCGUGUUCGUGAGCGUUCUCGCGGCCUGUGUGCACGCGGGAUUGGUUGAGGAAGGUAAGAGGAUAUUUGAGAGGAUGACGAACGAAUAUUACAUCCCUUCUGAAAUCGAGCAUUACGGGUGCAUGGUGGACCUUUUAUGCAGAGCUGGGUUACUCGAAGAGGCACUUCUCUUGAUACAAAGCAUGAGGAUGGAGCCCAAUUCUGUAAUUUGGGGUUCCUUGUUGGGUGGCUGCAAGCUUCACAAGAAUUUGGAUAUUGCACGAGUAGCCUUGGAGAGGUUGGUGAUUCUGGAGCCAAGUAACAGUGGUUAUUACAGCCUCUUGGUUAACAUGCAUGCCGAGGCUGGUAGAUGGGGUGAGGUGACGAAGGUUCGGGCGGCCAUCAGGGAACUUGGAGUCGAGAAGGUCUCACCAGGGUCGAGCUGGAUUGAGGUUGGAAGGGAAAUGCAUCAGUUUGCGGCUUGUGAUAAUUAUCACCCUGCAUUGGAACAGAUUUAUGUGGUUUUGGAUAUGUUAGAAUUGCAGCUUAAGCGCUUUGGCUAUGCAGCUGAGUUUGAGUUUUAUGAGGGUGCCAUAUCCGGUUUGCUUUCUCAGAUUCUUUUGCUAGUGUGCAUAAAUAUCUUCCGGAGUCAUUUGAGCAGUUCGGUUUUUAGAAUUUUUACGCCAAGGAUGAAGAAGGCUUCAUCAUUUCCGUUUGUGCACACGAACCCCGAGACUAAUCACGGUGGAAUUUUGAACAGUCUUGUUAGUAAAACAAUAAGGCAGAUGGUGAAGAUGGGAAGCCGUUUUCCGGAUUUGUUUGAUGGAGCAAGAUCUGCAAUGUUUGCAAGCAGGAAGUUUGGAACCAUCAGUUCAUACAUUUGCAUAUACAGAGCACUGUUAAUCUGGACAGCAGGCUGGAGAGUUGAAAUCCAGAGGCUACUGGCUGAGUGGUUAGUCUCUAUGCACCCUUUUUACCUCUGCAAAAAGGGUUUUCAUUUUCAUAGCCUGCAAAACAUCAAACACUACGGCCACAUCUGA